AUGGCUCCCUCUCUCCCCUUCCAACUCAAGGACCCGGGACUCUUCCACCAAGAAUCCUACGUGGACGGGCAAUGGAUCGGGUCGAAAUCCGGCAAACGCUUCUCCGUGAUCGACCCGGGCAGCGACCAAGCGUGGGCGUCCUGUCCCGACAACACGGCCGAGGACGUGGACGCGGCGAUCGAAUCGUCGCAGCGGGCGUUCGCGCAAUACAGCAUCCUGAACCCGCGCAAACGGGCGCAACUCCUCCUCCGAUGGCACGAGCUGAUCAGCGAGGCGAAAGAAGACCUGGCGCAGAUCCUGACUUACGAGACCGGCAAGCCACUCUCAGAAUCGCUGGGCGAGCUCGACUACUCGCUAGGCUUCACGUGGUGGUUCGCCGGCGAGGCGGAGCGGAUCCAGGGGACGAUCGCGACGCCGUCGGCGCCAAACCGGCGCACGUUCGUGCUUAAGCAGCCCAUCGGGGUCGCGGUCGCGCUGGUGCCGUGGAACUUCCCGAUCGCCAUGAUCCUGCGCAAAGCCGGGGCGGCCUUCGCGGCCGGCUGUACCAUGGUGGUCAAGCCGAGUCCUGAGACGCCAUUGACGUGUCUGUCGCUGGCGCAUUUGGCCACGAAAGCAGGCUUCGCGCCGGGCGUGUUCAACGUGCUCACCACGAGUCUGGAGAACACCCCAUCCUUGAGCGAGGCUAUGAUCCUACAUCCUUUGGUGAAGAAGGUCACGUUCACGGGGUCGACGCGCGUCGGGAAGCUCGUGGCCGGCCUGUGUGCCCGGGGAUUGAAGAAGUGCACGCUCGAACUCGGCGGGAAUUGUCCGUUCAUUGUCUUUGACGAUGCCGACCUCGACCAGGCCCUGACGCAGUUCAUGGCCCUGAAAUGGCGCCAUGCGGGGCAGGCCUGUAUCACUGCGAACAGGCUCUACGUGCAGGCCGGUGUCUAUGACACGUUCACCCGCAUGUUGGUGGAGAAGACGAAAUCCCUCAAGGUCGGCCAUGGCGCCGACAAGACCACCACCAUGGGUCCGGUCACGACGCCGAGGGGCCUGGCCAAGGCGGAAGAACAGGCUGCGGACGCGCUGAAACACGGGGCCAGACUCGUCCUGGGCUCGGGGAAGGCUUAUAAGAACAGUACCGCUGCAGAAGGCGCGGGUGACGGGAAAGGCGUGGGCGGCUAUUUCAUGGACCCGACCAUUUUGACGGACAUGAAGCCCGAGAUGCUGCUCAGUCGGGAGGAGACCUUCGCCCCGGUCACGGGCAUCUUCAAGUUUGACACCGAGGACGAGGCCGUGCGCUUGGCCAACAAUACCUCCAUGGGCCUGGCCAGCUAUGCCUUUACCAAGAACGUCGACAGGCUGUGGAGGAUGUUCGAGAACUUGGAGGCGGGAAUGAUUGGUCUGAAUACCGGCAACUCCUCCGCAGCAGAAUCCCCCUUCGGCGGCAUCAAAGAGAGCGGUUACGGCAAGGAAUCUGGCAAGGAAGUCGCCGUCAACGAGUACCUCAUUUCCAAGACCGGCACAUUUACGAUUGAUGGACAAUACUGA